CUGUUCCACUUGCCUCUGAGUUGGCAGUGGAAAUUUUGGAAAAAGGAGAAGUGAGAUUCUGGUUGCAGGCUGAAAACCUGUCUGGCAAUGCAAAGGCCAACUUUGUAUUUAAUGACAAGGAGAUUUUUAAUGGAGAGAAAUACAAAAUGAAGGUGGACCAGAAGACUGGCCUUAUUGAAAUGAUUAUGGAUAAACUUGAGGACAAGGAUGAAGGGACUUACACUUUCCAACUGCAGGAUGGAAAAGCAACCAAUCAAUCUAGCCUUGUCCUCAUUGGUGAUGUAUUCAAGAAGCUGCAGGAUGAAGCAGAUUUCCAGAGAAAAGAGUGGCACAGGAAACAAGGUCCUCAUUUUGUGGAUCAACUGGGAUGGGAAGUUACCGAUGACUGUAACGUGAUGUUGAAAUGUAAGGUGGCCAAUAUCAAGAAGGAAACACACAUUGUAUGGUACAAAGAUGACAGGGAGAUAAUGGUAGAUGAAGAACAUGACUUUAAAGAUGGCGUGUGUACUCUGCUGAUAUCAGAGUUUUCUAAGAAAGAUGCUGGCACGUACGAAGUCAUACUGAAGGAUGACAGAGGAAAGGACUCCAGUGAGCUAAAGCUUAAGGACACAGCUUUUGCAGAUGUGAUGAAUGAAGUAUGCAGAAGGAUUGCUUUAUCUGCAACAGACCUGAAAAUCCAGAGCACAGCUGAGGGUAUCAGACUGUACUCCUAUGUUACUUAUUAUGUGGAAGAUCUGAGAGUAGGCUGGGUGCACAACGAUACCCAGAUCAGGUUUACAGACCGAGUGAAGACUGGUGUCACCGGGGAGCAGGUAUGGUUGCAGAUCAAUGAGCCAACUCCACAGGACAAAGGCAAAUACACAAUGGAACUCUUUGAUGGUAAAAUAGCCCACAAAAAGACACUGGAUCUUUCUGGACAAGCGUUUGAUGAAGCCUUUGCUGAGUUCCAGAGAUUAAAGCAAGCUGCAAUUGCAGAGAAAAAUCGUGCCCGGGUACUUGGAGGUUUGCCUGAUGUUGUCACCAUCCAGGAGGGCAAGGCACUUAAUCUUUCUUGCACUGUCUGGGGAGAUCCUACCCCAGAGGUCUCAUGGCUGAAGAAUGAAAAACCAUUUGUAUCAGAUGCUAACUGCAUCCUGAGAUUUGAAUCUGGAAAAAAUGUCAGUUUUACCAUUUCUACCGUGUCCACGCUCGACUCUGGGAAAUACAGCAUUGUGGUCAAGAACAAGUAUGGCACAGAGACCAGCGAUGUCACUGUGAUUGUGAUUUCUGUGUCAGGACAGACUGACACAGUCCAAGGACACGAUCAAAAUAAUAUAACUGUAUCUAAAAAGAAAAAAACAAUGACAGCAAGCAAACGGAAGGAAGGGGAAAAGAAAGAUUUUAUUAAGCCACACGUAGAAGAAAUUAUUGCUACAGAGGAGACACCUGACCCAAAUAAAAUCCCUGCUGUGGAAACAGAAAAGGAUACAAAAAGCAACCAGCGAGCAGCAAAGACAGCUGAUGGAAAGGCAGCAGUAGCAGAAACGGUUCCUCAGGCCACAGAAAGCUUGAAUAAGCAGGGAAAGAAACCAUUGGAAAAAAAGCCUCGAGUAAACCCUGCUGUUAUUGAAUGA